CAUUGAACGUAGAGUCGUCAUAAUUGUCAAAGCUCAAAGCAAGGCCAUAGUGUGCCAGCGCGAAGUAAAAAUUAAAAUCUCCAAUGGAAGAUCUCUGGUGUCUAUGUGAAUGUUUGUAAAUAAAAGUGCUUGUGUUGAAUUUUGUGGUUAGGGGUCGUGUUGGGUACAUGGUAAGCGAUUAAAUGGCUUACUCUCGGAAACUUAUUGUCAGUUGCCUACGAAAACAGUUGUCGAGGAAAAACUACCAAUACUUACAGAAAAAGGCGUAUUCAACGGCAGAUGAUGAAAUAUUGGUGGACAAAGUAUUUGAUGUAACCACUAUUGGUAUCAAUAGACCAAACAAGAGAAACUGUGUAAACCCUGAAGUUGCAAGAAAACUCCGAGCAGCUGUUACAAAUUUUGAAGAUGACCCUUCUUCCUCAGUUGCUGUUUUGUAUGGUACUGGAGGCAACUUCUGUUCUGGAUUUGAUCUGGAAACUUUGGCAGAAGUGAAGAGUUUUGAGAAUUUACGCAAGGAAAUUGCAGCAGGAGGAAUGGGAUUAACAAGAAGGAUUACAAAGAAACCUCUAAUAGCUGCUGUCAGUGGCUACGCAGUAGCUGGUGGUUUUGAACUUGCAUUACUGUGUGAUCUUAGGGUUGUUGAAGAAACAGCAGUCAUGGGAGUAUUCUGUCGACGAUUUGGUGUACCACUUGUAGAUGGUGGCACUGUCCGCUUACAAGCAAUGGUUGGCCUGUCACGAGCACUGGAUUUGAUUCUAACAGGACGACCAAUUAAAGCCAAAGAAGCCUUUGAGUGGGGUCUUGCAAAUCGAGUGGUUGCCUGUGGAACAGCCCUGGGUCAAGCAGUCCAGCUUGCUUCGUCUUUAGUGAAGUUCCCACAAGCAUGUAUGUUAGCAGACAGGGAUUCAGUUUAUAACAGUGCCUUCAAUGCAAAAACCUUUGAGGAAGGAAUGGAGUAUGAAAAGAAUAGUGCAUCUGAUGAAGUCAUAGCUAUCUGGCCCUUGCAGACUUUUCUUAUUUCCAAAGUUGAAAACCCCAUUGAAAUGAUGAAGAUUUGCAAUGAUAGACAAGAUAAAAGAAAAUUUGCAGUCUGCACUUCAUGCGAUCCAGCAAGAGGCAUACCAAACUGCUUCGGGAAGUGGAAUCGGCAUUGGGAGCAGUGUAUCAACUGUGGAGGAGAGUAUUUCGAAAGAGACCAUGCAUAAUAAGUAAAAGAUAACUGUAGAAAAAUUUUGUGGACGAAGUUCCAA